AUGGGUCAUCCGGAGAGCACCCAUGACGAUAUCGAAUCGAAUCUCGACAGCGAGUCCUCAACUUGGCGCGACUGGGCAGCAGUGAUAGCUUGGUGUGUAUUGGGCUACUUGUUCAUAAUUUUGACCGUGAUUGGCUAUUUCAAUCCAUCACUCUUGCCGAUUGAUCCCACGUCAUUGCUGUUCAACAAGAACCUCUCUCCAUUUUUUGCCUAUUCGCAUGGAUCGGGAUAUUUCCCGAAGCCGCAAGGCUUCAAGAUUGUCGCAUUAGUGCCUUUCAGGUACCACGAGCGUACAGAGAUUCUCGACUGCUAUUUACAGAAAAAUCUCGUCCACAAUCAUGGCUUCCUCGACCAGGUCGUUUUUGUUCCUCAGACGCACGACCCGGUUAGCCUGGAAUGGUUACAAACCACAGUGAUGGAAACACCAGGGUAUGCGAUAGCCCCACCUGGUCAGGAUAUGGACUGGAAAAUCACACGAGACAAUGUCAUGUACAUUCGUAUUGAUGGCGAUAUCGUUUUCUUGGAAGACCACACUAUCCCUACGAUCGUGAAGACCAAGUUGGAAAACCCCGAAUCGCUGAUGGUCUCCGCCAACGUCGUGAACGAGGCGGCUCUUGCAGCAUUGCAUAGCCAUCCCGGUGUUGCUCUCCCGUAUCUACCAGAAUUGCACCAUGUCAAGCAGACCUCUGGAUUCAAGGAGCGGAUAAGCCAAGGAUGGCGCGCCUCAGGCCUACCUGCAUGGGAAGGUCCAGCAAGCUUUCGAGUUCGGAAGGGAUUCAGGCCCCCAUUUGAAGGCCAUCGGUGGUUGCUACCGGCCGAACCGGGCUCUGAUCGAGAUCCCAUCGCGGCCUCGGUAUAUACGGAUACUGGGCCGACUCUGAAUGACUGGACGGUCGCUGCGCAGCAACAUUACUCGUUCCUUCAUCAUCUCGAAACGAACCAUUUGAAGCGAUACAAGUUUCCGGUUUGGGUGGAUCCCACCGAGCCAAUUAGCCAGAAUUUUGGAUGCUUCUGGGGGAGGGAUGCACUAGCUCUUCGUGAGAUUUUUGAAGUCGGUCACACAACUGAUGGACCCGGUAAGCCUUGGAUCAGGGCAGACGGGACUAGGCCGCAUGUCAACAUUGAUGGGAAAGGCCUGGCCGCGCAUUAUUCGGCCAGUUCAGGAGCUGCGGGUCUAGAUUCGACCGAUCUUUUGGACCGCUAUCGAGCAUAUGCCCAGGAGAAAGUCUGUCGCUUUACAUCGUGA